AUGGGAUGUCUCAUGUCAAAACCAAAGCCUCCCAAGGCGCCUGGACCAUCGGGAGGCCCAUUCAACAAUGUAAAUCAACAGUCUUUCAUGGCGCAAGAUGCUCCAAUUCAUAUCCAACCGGGUCAAACACAUCGUCAACAACCACCUCCUCAUCAAAAUCCCUACACAGAAACUAGCGCUAUCAAUAAUUACGUUGCUCUUUUCGACUAUCAAGCUCGAAUGGAAGGCGAUUUGAGUUUUAACAAAGGAGAAAGGCUUAUUAUUUUGAACAAUAAUCAAGGUGACUGGUGGGAGGCAAAGAAGCUAACUACCGGAGAGCGCGGUUAUGUCCCCUCUAAUUAUGUCGCCGAAGCUGACAGUAUAAAGGCAAAAGAGUGGUUCUUCGGGCCAAUUCGCAGAGUGGACGCCGAACGAUGUCUUGGAAACAGAGCUCCAGGCACCUUUCUUAUUCGGGAGGCUGAAACCAUGGUCAAUACCUAUAGUCUUUCUGUUGUAUCUGAAUCGCGAGCUGUCAAACAUUAUAGAAUACGAAGAUUAGAUAAUGGUGGAUUUUAUAUUUCAACGAGAGUAACGUUUGCAACGAUGGACGAUCUUGUUUUGCACUACUCUAGGACGAGUGAUGGACUCUGUUGUCGAUUGCUUCAGUCAUGCCCACAGGAAAUUGCUGAUGUUCGAGAUCUAGGGCGAGAUGUUUGGGAAGUAAAUCAUCGAGACAUUCAGCUGACCGAUAAACUCGGCAGUGGAAUGUUCGGAGAGGUCUGGAAAGGCAUCUGGAACGGAAGAGUAGACGUUGCCGUCAAGAAAAUGAAGCCUGGAUCGAUGGAUCCUGAAGCUUUCAAAGCAGAAGCGACAGUCAUGAAGACCUUGAGGCAUCCAAGAUUAGUCUCACUAUUUGCCGUAUGCUCAUCCGAGCCGUUGAUGAUCAUUACGGAAAUUAUGACCAAUGGAUCCCUGCUUACGUAUUUGAAAGAUCGAGCAGGAAAGCAUGCAACUCUGCCACAGCUCAUAGAUAUGGGAACGAUGGUUGCGCAAGGAAUGGCCUACAUAGAGCGCAUGAACUACAUCCACAGAGAUGUUCGAGCAGACAACAUGCUUGUCGGUCAAAACGGAAUCGUCAAAGUGGGCGAUUUCGGCCUCGCCCGAUUGUUGGACGAAAACAUUUACAAUCCCGAUUCUGCAAACAUCAAAUUCCCGAUCAAGUGGACCGCUCCAGAAGCGGCAUUGUACUUCAAAUUCACUAUUAAAUCCGAUGUCUGGAGUUUUGGAGUAUUGAUGACAGAGAUAAUAACGAGGGGAAGGACGCCAUAUCCAGGAAUGAACAACAGACAGGUAUUGGACUUUGUAGAACGCGGAGAAAGGAUGACAAAACCGAGCCAGUGUCCGCCCCAUCUUUGGGAAAUCAUUAUGUCGUGCUGGCAAGAACAAGCUGACCGUAGGCCGACCUUCGAAGCUCUUCAAAAUCAACUGGAGGACUUCUUCAUCGGCGCGGAAAAGCAAUAUGCUGAUACUGGCGGCUUCUAA